AUAUUUUGAUAUUUCCCACUUUCCAUCUCCCAUUAGUCUGACACAAGAAAAAAGACUAGAAAUAAGCUGACAUCAAUGAAAAGAAAAAGUAGGGAUAAUAAUUAUGCUCCAAGGCUGUUGCAUCAUGCUUCUCAAACUCAUUAAUAAUUCAUAAAGAAAAUACAAAGAAAAUUAAUGUUUAAUGAGUGUUUGGAAAUCGGAUGAAAAACUGCUCAGUAUUUGCAUCCUUAAUUUCUCCUUCAAAAAUGAUUUUGUUUGAGAAGAAAUAUCAAACAUUCGACACAGUGUUUCAUCACCAGAUGAAACACCUCGAAGUUCGUCAAAAAUACUCCGCUGCGCGUCGUAUUUUCAACUCUCUUCUCGGUGUUUCAUCUGGUGAUGAAACACUGCGUCUCAUGUUUGAUAUAUUACAUGAAGCAUUUUUGUUCAGAGCUUGUCUAAGCAAUAAUUAACCCAUUCACCUCAGCAAUUUCAUGCCCUUCUCCAGUCACCAUCUGGCAAAAAAAAUCCAGACUUUUUCAGUGCCGUUUACAAGAAUGCACAAAAGGGAAAUUUUCAUCAUAGUUUUUGGAUAAAAAUGUGACAUUCCCUCAUGGACUUUUACUUUCCGUUUUCUCUCUCCCCCUUUAUUGUCCUUUUACUUGGCAUUUGCGGCUUCAUUCCUGUGUCAAAUGUUUUUGGCGAAAAACAUAAGAGAGGUCUUGAGUGCGUUCCAUUUGGAUGAUCCGGACCAGGACUAGUGAUGUCAGAUCACGUGGAUCACAACACAUCAAAGGAACCGAUGAACCCACGCUUGGAAAGAAUUCAUUGGUUCAUUUGAUGUAAAACGAUCCAAUCUCGGAUCACUGACCCUUAGAAUUAAGUAAGAAUCAAGUUAAUAAUUUCUCAAAUUAGGAAAUAAUCAGAUAAAAAUUACAAAUGCAAAAUGGUUCUUAUGGAUUAACCUGACAUGAAGCUAUUUAUUUUUAUUUAAUAGGGAUAAUGAACAGUAAAUGAUAGGUAAUGGGAGAGCUUGGUCACAUAGGCCAAAUUGACGUUUGUCAUUUUCCAUAAACGUGAUUGUAAUUCUCUAUUAUUUUAGAGCGCGUUUGCAUGGUUUUCAGUGGAAUUUGCUGUUUGACUCAAACUUUCGCCUAUUAGGCUAUGACUUGAAAGAUCCCGGCACAACUUAGGCAUCAAGGUUUUCACAAGUGAACAUGUCUCACUUGGGCAGUAACUGCUAGUUCAGUUCAAGGUUUUGCUCUCUGAAUAUUAUGGCUUUUCUGUUCCGUCUUUUUGUUGUUGUAGAAUUAGCUAAUUUGAACCUGACCUGCUCAAAUUCAAAUGGAGAUGGAAUAGCUGCUAUCGUUACUGGGCAAACAGCUUCCUUCAGUGCUGCGGUUGGACGAGGAUAUAUGCCAAAUAUUAAUUUCAAGUAGGUAUUUCACAAAGUGCAUGGACCUCACUAAAAUCAUGGGUAGUCACUCAGGCAUGCUAGUGAUGGGUCAAAUGUAUGGACUUGUUUCCGUGUAAAAAUCUGACUGUUGCCUCUCUAUUAUGACUGUUACGGCUAAAAUAAUAAAAGAAGGAUAACUAUCUUUUCAUUUUUCUCAAAUUAAUGAGCUUAGUUUUUUGCUUGUUUGUUUGGUAGAACACCUGACGCAAAAACGGUUGGCAAAUGGUUCUUUCAAUUAUUUAGUGUAGUUUUAUAAAGAAUUGCUUAUUUGUUUUGUUGAAAAACACUUUAUAAGCUUUUUUUCUUCCAGGUGGUUCUUUGGAGAUGGUCAUGAUGGCCUUACAAACAAUAACACAAACGUGCAACAUAAAUAUGACAAGUAAGAACAAUAAAUUUUCAAAGUUUGUUCGAUAUUUUCCUUAAAUAUCAGUUGUUGUAAGCCUAACUUAAACUGCAGACGAAUUAUCUGUCCGACAACCAAUUUGUGUAGAUAGAACUUUGGUUUGAUGAAGGGAUCGGUGAGAAAAAUAGAAACAAAAUGGCGGUGUUUUCAGCGUAAUAGUUGGCUAGCAAUGUGCAUGGUUGAAUUAAAAAGUGAGAAAACAAAGAUGCGAAAGACAAACAAAGAAACAACGAAUGGUGAGAGAAGGGAACUGGAGAUUCAUCUGUAUUCGUCUGUCACCAUGUCUACACGGAUGAAUCGAGCGAAGAUGUAGUACUUCCAGUGCUACUAGAAAUGGAAUUCACAAAGUUACUGAUAAACAAGUGUGAAUGGGCCACUUCCAGGUUGCGCUAAGCCUCUUAUUCACAGCCAGGCUAAUUGCGAACAAAAUAAUUUGAAAGGGAUUUUUUAUUAAUGUGACAAAUGUAUAUGAACUAAAUCAAAUGAAACGCCAUUAUCAUAAGAGAGUUUUUGCACAUAGCGAAGAGCCAUUAUGGCUCUUGACUUAACCUGUUUUUGAAAUUGAGGGUUUUUUAAACUCGGAAAUGACCUCUUUGAUGGAUUUCAGGUGACUCCAAAAUUUUGUCCGACAAAUUUUUUGUAUUGAAAAUUUCAUAAUGGGGAAAAGUUUUUAAGGUCUCGUGAACUCCCACAGAGAAAAAUUCUACCUCUUUAUAUAUGGAAAAGACUUUCAGAUGAUAUUUUAUUUCAUCGAAUUUCAAAAGGCGCUUGUCCGAACAAAUGUCCCAUUUUCUUUUUAUUGCAUCUGAUUGACUUGUUUUGCAUAUGUAAAUGAUUCAUUUCAAACUGAUUAUAUGGGAAAAGUUUAGUUAAAGUAAAAUUUGUUUUCCAGACCAGGGACAUAUGUAGUGUCAGUUGUUGCAUCGAAUACUCGCAGCACUCUCGUGACGAGAAUUGACCUCUACGUUCAAGGUUAGUACAGCCCGAAAGUUUCAGCUUCUCAAAGGCCUGUCGACACAUCAUAUCCAUAUGUCAAUCAGUUUGUGUUUUCUCUAACAUACUACCUUAGAAUCCCAAUUUCUCUACUCCCCGGGUUUUCGAAAUUCACACACUACAAUUUUGCCCUCCCCCCCUUCACUUCAAAGUAGAGAACAUGAUGUAAAUAUAUUUUUCCAGACAAACUUAACGAGAAGCAAAUGUCUGUCACCUAUCAACCCAAGAACCCUGAUGUUAAUGAAGAUGUCAUUCUUUCUGCAAGUCUAAAGUAUUCACCGGUAAGUAAAACCCGGGACUGUGAUUUCUAACUUCAAAGUCAUACCAGUACACAGAAAUUAGUCAAGCAGGUACGAUGUAGUCGGAACCAGUCAUCUGAGAUGACCUGCGGUUUUCUAAUACAACUGGUAUUCUGCAAAAAAAAAAAAAAAACUAUGUGGUUUAUUGGUGUUGAAGUAGAGCAAGAGACGAGUGCACCCCCUCCUAAAAAAAAAUCCUGGAUCCGCCCCUGCAGUCAUCUAAGUAUGUCGUCAAAUGAUAAAUAGUUGUUGAAGAAACUAAGAACGGAACCGUAUAAUUUCCUAUACCUCUACUUUACUCCUGUGGAGAAAUUCAAGAAUACAGUGAAACCCCGCCUUACGGCCACCUCUGUAAUGCGGUUACCUCGUUAUUACAUGAAACAGUUUUCCUUAUUGCCCAAAACGUUUCUUUACCCGGAGUGUAAAUAUUGAUAGUUUUUCCAGUUUGCUCUUUCGUGAAGUUGUAACCUGUAGAGUAUCAUUAAUUAACGGUAAAACAUGUCAAAAACCCAAGAUUGUGAGCGUAAUUUGUCACUUAUGAUAUUAAUAGGGUUAAUACGUAAUCUAAUAGAGACCUUUAGGUUCAAGGACGAGGACGAGAUUUGACUUGAAGUUUUUUCGCGUAUUCUCAAAGUAUAGACUCCCCGGAAAGCUUCAUUUUACCUUUUUCACUUGACGAGUUAUCACUCUUACCUUUCGUGAAGGAGGUUACACCCUCUCGCGAUCGCAAAAUGAUAAAACUUCUAACAUUUUAUAACUCGAUUCCGCCACUACGACAUUCUCUCUAAAACUCUUAGUAGAGUGACUACGGUUUUGACGACGGCUACCACGUUUUCCCGCCAAAAUGACCGUCUGGUUCACGCGUGAGCAAUACUCAGUAUUGGGAAAAUCUCGCACUCGUAGUCGUACUCGCCUUAGAAUCUAAAGCUAUUCAAUGGCAUGCUCGUGAAAUUAGGGAAUAAUUUCACUUGCGUUUUGAGGAGCGAGGAGGGACGGCUGUAUUCGCAGACUACGGACUAUGUUGGGUUUUACUUGGUUGGAAUUUUCCUUUUAAAGGGGCAGGUUGGCCAUCUGAAGUACAAAUGGAAAUAUGACGAUGGAGAAUUCGAGAGCUGGCAGGCAGUGGCUACACUUCAGUUCAAAUCUUCUAAGACGUGAGACAUUUUACCAUACUUUAACCUUGAACCUGUCUGCGGCAUCAUCACUGUGCUUCCCAGUCGUCCUUGUUUUGUGUUGCUUUUAAUUUUAUCCUUCUCCAACUCUUUGAUCUUGUGUUGUUCUUCAUGCUCUUUAAGGCGGUCUUUUGUAGAAAUAUUAUCGUAUUAUUGUCAUUAGGCUACGGAUACAACGUCACGAAUCCGGAUAUUUUGGAAACCCUUUAUUUUUCAACGCGACUCGACCUUCCCUCCACGGAACAAGUGAGUUCGCUAAACGAAACGGCAUUUGUUUUCCGCUCUCCAGAAAGGGACCCGUACGCGCGAGUCUUGAUAGCAAAAUGUAGUAAUCAAAAAUACCCGGAUCCGUGUUUAUGGUGCAUCCAUUUACAGCCCCCGCUUAUAGCCGUAGCACAUGCAUGCUAGUCUGCUACACAGCCGUUUUUAGUGUGGAGGAGUGACGACACUAAAAACGGCUGUGUAGCAGACUACAUGCAUGCCCGCUCGAAUUUUUUAUUGACGAUUUUGUUGAAAACAGUCAAAAAUUCCAGUAGGGAAAUGCGAUGGCUAUGUCGUAUGCUGCAAAUUAUUCCUCCUUAGCAACCAGACGUACAUAGUUAAUCGAUAAGCCCGCCGGUAAUCGAUAUCAAUCGAUAGAUCGUUUUCACUGUCACGCAACAAAAAAUAAAUUGGAAACCGUCAAGUGGAAGAAGCCAAGAAAAUGAAAUGUCAUAGAAGACUAAUAUAUAAACAAUUUGUCCAAGUUUCAGGUCUUUGUGGCCCACAGUUUCUGAGUUAUUUGCCGAAACGUUUCACGCACCUUUGUAUGGAGACGUCACAUUGGUGUUCAGUUUUGGUAUGGCCGCCGGAAAUCAACAAAAACAUCUGGAGUUCCCUUUUUCUAUAAAAGCUCUUUCUUUUCACUCGAGAACUAGCAUACGUGGGCAUAAACAUAUCUUCUAAUACUUGAAAUGGAUAUACUGCUGAAAAUCAAGAGGAGAGACUUUUUUUCAACAAGACAGCAUUCCUAUUUUGGUGUCACGCAAAAAUAUAGUAUUUUCGAAAUGAAACAUGCUACGGGAAUGUACAAUUUGAUGACGUCACUGUGAAAACCAUCUAUAGUCAUCGAUCUUAAUCGAUGAUUAAUAUCGAUUUCCGAUAUCAAUCGAUCAAAAUCGAUAUAGAAAAAAGUUGUGACUUCGAUUAAUAUCGAUGAUUUUCCGAUAGAAAUCGAUAAUGAUUUUUUAUAGAUUACAAUCGAUUGUUUUCGAUUUUGUUUAUCGAUAAUAAUCGAUAAAUUAUUUUUCUGUAACUUCGAUUUCUAUUGAUGUCCAUUAUCAAUCGAUAUUAAUCGUCGGAUUAAUAUCGAUGAUAUCGAUUGAUUUCCGAUAUCGAUUUUUAUCGAUCAACUACGUCUGGUUAGCAAUGACGACGACCACGGAAAGGAGAACGUCUAAAAAGUAUUGUCCGGAGCCGUGCAAACGGGGUUCUCAAUCUUUCUUUGCCGCCAUUACACCACUAAGACGUGAAAUAUGUUCCCCUGCAUGGGACGCUCAGGAGAAAGAUUAAAUUGGAAGGAAAGACCAUUGUUUUGAGAAGACUGGAGCAGAGUUAAAUGUUCUGUUUCUUUGCAGAUACAACGUUUCAAUAACAGCCAAAAAUUAUGUGAGCAACGUGACAAAGAUUGUUCAGGUCAACGUUGCCAAAGGUUUGUUGUCUAUAAUUACUACAAAUAUUUCGUUUUUUAAGGAAUUUUUUGAUCCAGAAGAAAUUAACUUUGUUCAUAUUUCACUGGCACCUCAGAAAAGUUGUACUUACCCUUGAAAGACGAAAGUAAAAAUUUGACCCCCUGAAGUCAAAAGGCCCCCACCGCUCCUUUUAGAAAGCUACAGAAUAUACAGCCUACGUACGUACGCUCGGUCAAUCACGUUACAACCAAGCGAAAAGAGGUUGACCAUAUUCCAUGAGUAUGGGGCUAGGCUCUGCGAACGGGAGCCCUGCCAUUAUUACGCAAGUUUUUUAACUGGAGGUUGUGUUUGCACCCAGGGAAAAUGGCUUGUCCCCGGUGUAAGAACCUUUAAGACUCACGGGUGACGUAGAACAGAGAAAGCAGAGAAGUCAACAAAAUAGAACCUAAGGAAAAAAAAACGGUACGAAGCAAUGAAAAAGCUCCCAGGUUCUUACACCGAGGUAAAUGCUUACUUCGUCUCCUUUGACAGUACAAAAUUGUUUCAACAAGUUGUGACUGUUCACGUGUAACAUAGUUGUUUUGUGAUCUGUCUUUGUAGACCUGACUCCAAUCAAUGUUGUUGCCAAGGUUCUUGGGCCUUCGAGAAUUUUAGUGAAGUGGGAUCCUCCCCUACAUGCAGACAGUUCCAUUAAAGGUUACAAGGUUUAUAAAAGGUGAUAGGAAUUAAUUUCUAAUGUAAUAUCAUAGGUGACGAAUUACUCCUUAAUUUUGGCGCGAAAUUUCAGUGAUAAUUUGUAAUUUCACAUGUGAAAUUACAAAAUUGCCAUGGCAACCUUCCGUACGUCUCAGUGUCAAGAUGGCGACGAAGUUUUAAAAUGUCAUGAAUGAAGAUGGCAGGGAAUAAAAAGACGCUUUAGAAAACCUGAACACACGAAAGAGCACAUCAAGAAGGAUUCUAAUAGGUACUUUGUUGAAAAACUCUGAACUUAAGCCGAAUUUAAGCUCUAAACGUUCGAGAGAGUGCAGGAGUUCUCGAUCGAUACUAUCCAGGAUAAACAUGUCAAAAAUCCAAGAUUGCUAACGUAAUUCGUCACCCAUGAUAUUAAUAGGUAAUCAAAUGGUAUACUCGUGAAAUUAGGGAAUAAUUUCACUUGCGUUUUGUCCAAAUCCUGAUAAUUUCCCUCCCCUAAAGGCUCAAGAAAUUAUGAGGAUUUGGACAAAACGCGCGUGAAAUUAUUCCCAAAUUUCACUCGUCACCAUUUGAUUACACAUACAUAUUGGUGAUUAUUUGACAUACUUGCGCCGAAGUCUAAAUUCAACACACUUUCCAAAUUUCAUCUUGUAAAAUACUGAAAAACAGGUUUCAUUUGACUAGUCACACCAUAGGGUUUCGUCUGCAGGUGAGAAUACUGAUUAAAGCCGCAUUCACACUAAACAUGUGUAAUUAAACUAGGAAACUAAACUUAAGAAACGGUCCAGAUAAGAACGAUAGCAACAACGGGAACGAACAUGUUGGAAUGCAAAAAAGGUGCUAACUUUUCUAUUGUCUGUUCUUACGUCUGAUUGGCUUAAACAGAAAAAGUUAACAAAAGUUCAUAAGGCGGUACAUAUAUUCAUCCUUACUUUCCAACCGUCUUCCAUAUAACAAAAUCUGGUCUCAGUUUGAAUAACAAAGAAAUCCUAUGUGGGGAACAUGUAAAAUUGUAAACUUUUCUUGGCUAUUGUUUUCAACUCUUGUGAUUGGUCAAAAUUUUUUAACACAAAAAAACACCCUUUCAAAGUGGAGUGUAAAUGCAUUUUAUUGCCUAAACGGCCUUCAUGUAGGUUUAUGCAUUCUCUGUGUAAAAAUGAGAACAUUCCUAUGUGGGGAAAGCACCGUUGCCGCAUAACAAAAGAAAUUGCUAUCCACCUUACCCGGAUCAUUACUUAAAAAUGGAAAACACAUGGAAAACUGGAACAUAGGUUUUUACACAGAAUUCAAAUGAAAUUCAACAUGUUUUGUAAUUUGCACUAAAUUUGCAAUCAACUCAAGUCAGUAAGCAGCUUUUAUGAAGAAAUCUAUUUUCAACCGUGUUUAACUAAACCGCUUUUAAACAUGUUUAAGCUUUGGUGUGAAUCGGGCUCUAAGAAAUUUUAUAUAAAUGGUCUCAUAAUAGGAUUUCAUUUUCAGACUCGAAAGUUAGAACCAUCUCACAAGACUCGAGAGUUAGAACUACUCACUAAAUAGAUAGUACCAUGUGAAAGUACAGCUGAAGAGGUUUCACUUGAAUGGUAACACCAUAUGGUUUCAUCCACAGACUAAAGAAGUUAGAACUUCAUACGACAUAAAUAUUACGCCGUGAAAGUACUGCUGAUGAGGUUUCAUUUGAAUGGUAACACCAUAGGAUUUCAUCCACAGACUCAAAAGUUAGAGCCACCUUACAAGACUCCACCAUUUUUUCCGCGUUUUGCAAGGUUAACGCUACUAAUUGAACUAAUGAACUCUUUAACAAGUUACAGUAAACACCCGCUGAUAAAAACCUAGUGGUUUAAGAACCUGCUGGCGGAAACUUGACACUUUGAUACCCAAAAAUAUAAGAACCUGUUUAGCCAAGCAAAAUCAAGCAGUUUCUUGUACGUGGGUUACAGUUAAAUUAUGAUAAACAAUUGAACUAAGGAAUGUACAUUUGAGAUUGUAAAUUUAAGUAUAACAAGAACUAAGUGAACCAAACUGUAUAAAUAUGGUAAUCAGUUUUGUUAGGGUUAUAGUAAUACAAUUGUGAAUAAAUACGUUAUUUUUAAGGACCAAACCCAAGUUUUUCUCUUUUUAUGGUAGUCAAGAAUUUAUUAUCUCCUUGAUAAAAUGAAGAACCUAAUUAAGGACAUACUUAGCGUAAUUUGCAAAUAGGUAACCCAAAAUACAAGAACCGCGGAUAAGGACGAAAAACCAUAGGCCCCGUCUCACUGCUCUUUCACUGUUCUGUUUCUUGUGGGACGUAAAAAAACCCACACUGCAGUUGGUAAAGAGUAGGGGGCGUGGACCCUAAUGAUGUGGUACAACCCUCCAUGGGCUGGGUGGAUAAUGAAGGGGUUGAUGUCAAUUGGGACGUUAAUCCGGUUUCAUCCCCUGUCACCGUGUUGAGUCAUCGUGGCGAAUUCAAUAAAGUACAUUAACAUACGACAAAAUACAAUAACCUAUUUUCCCAGACUGUAUGAUUGAUUUACUGUAUGACUGAUUUUCUUUCGUUGUUUAGCACCUCGGCUGGUGGUAGCUACAAACCGACAGGAUGUGAAAGUCAAUCAAGCUCUUCCUGUACGGUAGGAAGCCUCACGCCGGCUACAACCUACUACUUCAAGGUCAAAGCCUCCACUACUGGCGGCACUGGUCCAUUUUCAAUCUUUGCUGCCGCCACAACCAAUAUGACCAGUAAGUUGAGAGAGGCACUGUGAUCUUUAACCCUUCAAGCCACUGUAUCCACCUAUAAAUUCUGCAAACUUAUCUCAAUAUAUUUCCUUGAAGAGUGGUGAGAGGAUUUGAUAAAGGAUUUGCUUUGGUGAUCGUUUUAAGAACCCUCACUACCUCUUUUGUCGAUGAUGUAUCAAUAUUACGUAGGAGAAAUUGAUGUUAGUCACUCUUAAUGGGUUGAAUGUGUUAACGUGAAUAAUUUGAGAAAGAUUCUUUUUUUUCAGUCAGUGACACAGACAGCUCGGAAGAAAAGAACUGAGUACUCCUAACACAACUUAAGACUUUCUAAAAGUCCUUUGAAUUUUUUUUUCGUGGUUGGUUAUUCCUUUUAUGACUUUCUGGUUACUAAUCCUCGUGGGAGCUGAAGCCACUAAAAUAGGUUCAUGUGACAUAUACCGCAUGCUACAAAGACUGGAAUGCCUAUAUGUGGUUAUGCGCAGUGGUAGAAAUAUGAUGGUGAAUUUUAAGCCUGGUGAAUGCAUGAGAAAGAUUUUUUCAAUCAGUGACACAGGCGGCUAGGAAGAAAAUAUCCGAGUUCUCAUAACAGCACUCAAAUCCCUGCCUGACCGUCUGGUUAUUAGUCCAGCCAUUCUUUACCACUGAGCUACAGGAACCACUAAACUAGGUUUAUGGACAAAUAUCCUGUAGCAUACUGCUAGAACCGGAAUAUCAAUAUGUGCUUAUGCGCAGUGAUAGAAAUGUGAUGAUGAAUCCUAAGCCUGGUGAAUACGCGAGAAAGAUGUCUUUCAGUCAGUGGCACGGGCGGCUAGGAAGAAAAAGAAAUAAUAAAUUGGAACUUACUCAUUGGAGAAUUGUCUGAAGUCAGUCUUUGGUUAGCUCUGAUUUUGCCGCGAUUCAUUGCAAACAAAGAACACAACUAUUGUCACUGUAUCUAAACCAGCAUUUGUGGUGAUAUUUUUUGAGCUCUUCUUUCAAUCAACUCUGCCCUGACGGAAGACAAAGUCAACGAUGCAUGUUCAAAACUACUGCAAUAUUUGCUGGUUUGUUGUUUUUGUUUUUUUGUAGUUCCUGGAAUGCCAUAUGAUCUGCGAGCUUACCCUCUCAACUCAGCUGUCAUAAAUGUAGAAUGGAAACCUCCAAUAAAUCCUAAUGGAAAAAUAACAAAUUACACGGUAAAGUGAAAUGAAAAACUCCUUUUUUUCCCGCUCUCUGACAAGUUUCGCGCCACACUCCACUAUCUGGACGCCUUAGCCUGCGAGCAAGCUCUCCAUUUGGGGGGAGUCGCGAGAAGUCACGUGAGAGCAGCACGCGAAUAGAGACGCGAGUGCGAGGGGCGGGGAAAGAAAACCCACUCGCGACUCACUUCGCACACCAUAAAUGGAGAGCUUGCUAGCAGGCUAUGAACGCCUGGAACAGGCCUACUAAAUGAAAUUGAGAAAUUUUUGCCAAUUUUGACUUUGGCUACUUGAAAAAGUGAGGGUGUUGUUACUAUUAUACUCAGAAAAGUAUGAACACCAGAAAUAUUCCUCAGACGUGAGAAAGCAAAACCGAAAGCGACACCGGUUUUUAAAGCCUUUUGACAUGACAUCACUUCCGCCAUGUUAGUGUCCCACAAGAAUAAAACGGCGGCCAUGUUGGUGCACCAGACAUUUUAACCAAGGAGUUUGACUUCGAGUUUGCCAAUUGAUACUACAAGAAAAUACUGUACCUAACUGUAAUUACAAACAGAUGUAUUAGUGUAAAUCUUACAACGAAAACAGGUUUCUACAAAGCACAGAUUGUAUUUGUCUUCAUGGACCUUGCAGAAAGGAGAUUUGCAACGCACAGUUGUGAAUAAAUGCUGUUUAUUUAAGGACCAAACUCAAGUUUCUUUUUAUAUUUGGUAGUCAACAACGAUAUCUCCUUCAUUGAAUUUAAGAACCUAAUUUACGAACCUACGUAACCAAAAUUGCUAAUAACUACCCCGAAAAACCAUUUUUGCCAGACCUCAAAAAAUUUAGGUUCUUAUACGUGGAUGUUUACUGUAUUACGCACAACGUCUUAUCUACUUGCGUGUGUUUACUCCAGAUAAUAAUUAUAGCUGAUUCGUUAUGUUGCUGCAUCGCUAUGGCAUGUUUUUUUUUUAAAGGUAUAUGCGUAUUUGUCAUUUACUCUGCAGAUUCAAUAUUGGUCAGCCGCCGAUCCUCCCACUGUCAAGACGAUCAAUGUUGGCCUUAACCUAUCAAAAACCUUUACUGGUUUAAUGCAAGAUACAUACUACUUCUUUGAGGUAACUGUCAGGGACAGAUAGACGGAAAUGUCUCCUUGAAUUUUUAAUAUCAAAGAGACGUGUUACGUAGUAAAAUGAGUUAUCACUUGUUUAUGUCGCUCAUGUAUGUAUAAAAAUUCCCAACAAAACAGAAACAAUUUAACACCAUUUUCUCAGGGCGCUGAAAAGGAAGGGGUUUUAUUCCAAUCACUAAUCCUCGGAAGUGAGGCUUUUUUCCUUUUUAAUGAAGUUAAAUGAAAUUUAGCUUAAUUAACUACAUGGAGCACUGUCUCUUGUCGGUCAGCGGUCAGUGUGGUAGCAAAAGCGCCGUCAGCCUUGCUUUCGUCAGCUUCAUGUGCUUAGAACAACGCUUUCAUGGGGGCCAAUCGCUUCAUUUAGGCUUUGGUUUGCGCUUUUUUCCCACCCUCCCCUCCCUUUUUACCAGCCAUGGGGAUGUACAGUCAACUCCCCUUAUAGCGAUUACUUUAGGGACCUCCAAUUAAUGUCCUCAUUAGCAAGAGUCUGUAAUGGCGGGAGUUUAUAUCAUUUAAACAUCUGCAAUUUAUUUUUGCCUGGGAUUUAGCUGCUAUCCGUAUUAUUGGGGUGUCCGUUAUAGCAGGGUGUCCACAAUGUGAGAGUUGAGUGUAACUCUGUCUAGGAGGUGGCUAUGCCACAAGUGAAAGCCCCUGGUCAUCCCGGGCCCCCGGGCCCACGGCCACCUACCUCCACUUUGCGACGCAGUUGUUAAAUAUUCCUUAAAAGAUCUUUAAGGGCCGGUUAUUCAAACGGAGUUUAACCAUUGUAUAACAAAGCCGCGUUCUAAGUCAUUUUCAGUUUGCUCAACGCUUUUAUCUAAACACCGUUUGUCGAGAACAGUUUCAUUAAAGCAUAUAGUGUAGAUUACAAAAGCAUUUAUCUUCUCAAAUUAACCCAGUAAGGAAGAGAUAUGAAGGUCGAAAGAUUUCUUAAACCGCGUUCUAAGUUAGACUUCGUUUAAAUAACCGACCCUUAGAAUCUAAGACGAUGGCGACUUAAAGUAUCAGAUUUUCUCAAUACCAAGCAGUACUUGCGCGUGAACCAGCGCAGUUUUGGCGGGAAAACGUGAUAGUCAUCGUCAUUCUACUACUAGUUUCUGCAAAAAUUUUGUAACCGGGAGAGAGUUUAACCUUCAAUCAUUAAGAUAACACUAAAACAGUGCUAGCUUUUCUGGUGAAAGAAAGUACAUUGAAGCUUUCCGGGAUGCCUAUUUUUUUUAGAGUACGCGAAAACCUUUAAGUCAAAUCUCGUACUCGUAGUCGUUCUCUUCCUUGAAUUUUAAGGUCUCUAUUGCUAAACAAAUUUGUAUUCAGUGCCAAGUGACGUUCCUCUGACUGAGACGAUUUGCCCAAGAAUUGGGGCAAAAUCAUUGCUCAAGAAUACAAGAAGUCCACGUCCGCUUCACGAGCGUCGCUCAAAAACGACUUUGCUUAAGCUCCGUAACAUCCUCGACAAUAAGACUGUUGUAACAAAGUCAAAACAAGAUUAAACACUGAUCGAAACAUUACGUAUACGGAAUCCCACAACAAUUUUCAACGGGUUGCAAAACAGUCAACAGACUCUCUACAAUUAAACUUUGCAAUGAAUGUUUCAACGCGACUCAACUUUUGCAGGUGUAUGCAGUGAGCUCGGCUGGUCGGAGUGCAGCGGCAGGUCCUAAACAGGCACUGACAAGUUUAUCAAGUAAGAAUCUGUUCAAGUGAAAUCAUUCUAAAUUACUGUCGAAGUGUAAAUAAUAGUUGUAAAUCUGACUACCGUAAAAUUCCGAAAAUAAGCCCCUCCAAAUAUAAGCCCCCCCAAAACGGUAACGUAAAAACCCUUCGUUAAAUCGUCCCUCCAAAUAUAACCCCCCGGGCUUGUAAUUGGAAAUAAAUGUUUUAUUUAUCCACUCCCAAAACGAUCCCUGCUGAAAUCUUAUCCCAUCAGUGAACCUGGUGGUUGAGUGAUUAAGUCUUUGGAUUUAGGAUCGGUAGGUUUCCUUAGAAGACUAGAAACGUUUCUCUUAUUUUCACCAAAGCGGACAAUACCAUAAUAUUCUUUAAACUGCGGUUUGGGUGGUGCUUCAUGUAAACCCUUUGGUGCUCUCAGUAUCAGUAUAACUUUUUUUGUUUACAGUUUCCAUAGCAACUGUAACACUAUGCAGUCGUGUCGUGUGCAUAAUGCCCGUAAGUAAGAAAAGCGAUAAUUCUGAAGGCCACAUCACUAUAUGAUUCAGUUCGCAAACGAGGAGGGACUAUUACGCUCUAGUCGUUUCUUGUCGUUUUAUCAAUCUUUUUUCUAGUUAAAACAAUUUUUGCAACAAGUGUUAAUUGAGGUCAUCGGCGUGCCACAUGACCUGAAGGUGAAGUGUGACCUAUUGCGUCAGAAAAAUAAGCGAGACCUGUUGCGUCGACAAAAUAUUUUUCUUGAUGCAAGAAGCCACGCUUAGUUCUUUGAGUUGAGUGAUGAGAAUUAUAGUCAACACUCACUUCUGUAAUUCUGCCACUGCUGUCUGGUCAAAGGCAUUUCCUAAAUACUGUUAUGAGUAAUUUACCUGUAAAAUAAAUUUAGUUCAUAUUGUGCGUCUAAAUAAAAGAUUUAUUCGCCCUGUAUCCAGCUAAUCUCGUCCACCUAGCUGCUAAUUAUGAACAAUUUUUUUUUCUUGUGCCCCUUUUUUCAGAACCAACCCAAGCGCCACGUAAUCUGGAGAAAGUGUCAGACAAUGGCACUUGUGCAAUGCUGAGGUGGAAGGCACCAAUCUUGUCCAAAGGGGAUCAGAGAGUUUUCCCUGCGAAGGUCAGUUUGAGGCCUCCUUUUGAAGAUCUUUCUUCUUUCCUCAUCCUCAGUGACGUACACUUUCUCCUAUCCUCCGGCUAUGCUCACACCCUACCGGACAGCUCAUGCGCCGACGAAAACCAUACCAUAAGGACGGUGAUUUCGGUACGGUUUUUGUAAUGGAACGAAGUUGCGCUGUGUCGUUCGUGAAAGUGGAUCGUCACUUAUCGGAUAGGUAUUCGUCGCAGGGUAAACCGAUACUCGGACCGUAGCGGAAGUAAACUGGGGUAGGAGCGAGGACUGGAAUCCACUGAGACGGAAGUUAAUAUUCAGAAGUGAGGACUGGUGUUGUGUUGACCAAUCCCUCUCGGUCAAUCGGUACGAUGUUCGGUGUGUUUAAACGACUUGUUCCAGUCCCGUGACGUUGCCAUUCAUACUGUAUCGAAUAGCUUUUCAUGUCGACACGAAACCCUAUCCGAUGGAGUAUAGCGUGUAGUCAUAGCCUCAGACUUACCCUAUUACUGUGUUACACCAUCCUCAAACUCUCGUUGCCAAAGGUUUGCUUGUUUGAACUCAGUUGUCCCUUACGGCCACUCAAGUGUCCGAGUCCAGCCACCGUCCGAAAAUUAGUUUGGGUCCUGCUUCAGUCGGAAAGGUCUUGAGAGCGUCUUUCAUCGGGGGCUUGCUGCUCCCCGCCAUGCUUUUGCUGUUCCUCCAAGUGAUCCCUAGAGCCUUUGUGGUUAUAAGUCAUACCAGUUAACCCGGCCAAUUUACGAUGUUGAUCUUUGUUUGAUUGCAGGGUUACAAAGUUCAGGUCAACGACAGUUCGAUCAAUGAUGCCGCCUCAGCUUUUAAAAUUGUUUGUAAUUUGAAUCCAGGAAAUAUCUACACUGUUUCUGUUUGGGCGUAUUCUGAGGUUGGCGAAGGACCGAAAGCAAGCAUUAGCUUUAUCACUCAAACUCUAAGUAAGUCUCAUUUUGUGAUAAUUUUAAUUAUUUUUUUUCGACUAGAAUAUAUAUUUCUUCGUUUCUGAUAAGCUUAAAUUCCUUGGCCAAGUCCGUUCAAUAUUUUUGUGUUGUUGUUGUUCUAUCAUUAAUCAGUCGUGAGACAAUAAUAAACACUUAAUUACCGGUCCCGAGGGAAACAGUUAAUUUUGUUUCCCGAGAAUCAAGGGACCCGUUCACACGUAUACCUUUUAAAAACGAUUCCAAAACGCAACGUAUGGACGCGGAUGUUUUUUGAAAACAGAGAUAAUGAUCACCGAAAGUGCCUUUUUUCAAAAGCGAUCUCCAGGGGGGAGAUUUUUGAAAACGCCGGCAUGUCGAUUUCGUGUGGACGAGCGAAAACGGAGUUUUUCGAAUACGAUGCUGUCACACAUGAUACAGGGCAUGCCCUGUAAGGCAUUCAAUCGUAUUUCUAUCGUCUUAGCGCUUUCGUGUGGACGGGUGAAAACAAUUUGAGUACGCUACCUUUUGACGCGUAUGUUUUUGAGGUAAUAUGCUUGCUCGUGCUAGAGACUGUAUACCCGCUACUUUUUCUUAGGCUACUUCCACACUAAUACGUUUUCGAAAACUUUCGUUGCUUCUCGGAAACGCAGUAAAAGUUUUCGUUCACACUGGCUUUUUCACAGCGUUUUCGACCGUCCAUACUAGUACGUUUUCGUUUGAAAACGCAGACCUUUGUAUCCGUUUUUGCUUUUCUUCCACUCUAAUCUGAUCGAAAACGGAGGUGUAUGUCUACGAAAGCGGAGCAGUGACGUAAGCGUUUUCAAAAACCUCAGUUUUCGCCCGCCGACACUAAUACGCUGAACCUCCAUUCCAAAAACCUCCACUCCAGAGAGUGUUUUCGAAAACCUCUGUUUUCGAUCGGAACGCGAAACGGAUGAAAACGAAAACACAUUAUUAUCGCCACUAUACUUGACUGAAGCAAAGGCAAAAUCAUGAAAAUAUUAAAUGACCAAGAGGCAAACCAGCCCGAUGUAUAAAGAAUGGCUUAUUUAACAAAUGGUAUCUUUCGCUCCCAUUCAUUGUAAAAUUUAAUAUGGAACAGAAUCUCGACAAAGCGAUGUUCGGUUGACCUUUAAUUGAUUAUUCACGAACAAAAUCAAAAUAACAAUCCAGCAAGAAUAUAAAAAAUUGGUUGGUUUGUCGAACAGACACAAAUACGCACACCGUUUGGUUGAUUUAGCGAACACACAACGUUUUUCAAGCUGAAAAAAGACUUUCGGAUAAAGAGCAGUUUUCUAUUACUUGAGGUACAAAAACUGGGCUGCCUGCAGGGACAUUAAAUGAUGCUCUUUUCCGUCCGUCGGAGGGUUAAUGUUUUCAACAGUUUUAUCUACAUACUGGUGAAAAAACAAAACCUGCGCAAAGAAUUUCUCAAGGUCAAACGAGAAUCGUUUAUAACGCAGGCCCGCAUAACGACCUUUUUUACUGCCGUCCUAUUGAACUUCCUUGUUCCGGGGUUUCGUUGUUUUCUCCCGGUCCACAGCAAAGUAAAAAAAAACAAUGUUUGCUCUUUUAGAGCCAGGAAUCCCUCAGAAGCUUCGCUGUUCCACUCCAAGAGGUCCAGAUCGAGUUACACUAGCAUGGGAUCCUGUUCAGAAUAGUCCUGGUUUAUCCUAUGAAAUUUAUGAGGUAAAUAAUUUUAGGUGAAUGUAUGAUGACGACGACGACGAUGAUGAUGAUAGGGAUAGGGAAUAAUGGGGGAUCGGGGGUGGGGAAUAAUGGGGAUGACACUAAAAAAAGGGUUAAGGUCACUCCUCUGAAAUGGAACUGACCCCGCGCAGUGAGAUUUUGUCAAACUUUACCAAUUGGUUGUUUUGGUUAUAGGAAGUUAAAUUUUGUACUAAAAUUGGGGGUCGCCAUACUCGUUUAGCAGCAGUAGCAACUUGUAUAUAUGCAAUAAUUCCUUAAAAUAUCAAUGUGUUCAUAUUUUCAAGUGCAUACUUGUGACCAGUUUUCGACCACUGUUUCCUUUUCUGCACUGGACAUUAGUCUAUAUUUAUUCUAGAGAAAGAAAGUUACUUCCCAUUUAAAAAAAACAGCAAAAAAAAAAACAGUCGCCAUGUUUGUAUGUGCCCACGUUUAUUGCGCAUCAAAUUAUGUGCAGUAAGGAUGCGCCAUAGAAUACUAAGGAAUAGACCUAAGUACUGUCACUAUCAUCAUUAUAUUUUUUGGCCUGCGAAUACAGUCAUCCGUCUCCUGUUAGACUUUCUAGUCUUCUCGGAUAAGGACGAAAAACCGUAGGUCCCGUCUCACAGCACUUUCACUGAUCUGUUCUUCUGGGACGUAAAAGAACCUACACCACUAGGGAGCUUAAGAUCCGACGACGGCGACGGCAACGGCAACGCUAAAAUAGCAGUAGGUUUAAUUAGCAAAACAACAAUUUUGCACGUGCAUCACGCUUUUUGUACAUUUUUUUACCGUCAUUGCACGACUACGACGCGAAAAUGCCUGAUGUCACGAUGUAUAGAGGAAGUACACAAGCGACGACGAGAUUUCCUUUCUCUUUCUGAAAUUGGAUAUAGCUUAUAGGAAUUCAACUUUAGGAGCGUUCGCCUACAUUUGACAAAGUUAGUGACUUGGAGUAAUCGCGAUAAAAAUUGAAAGAACGCGAAUUCACUUUUUCAGCGACGUUUUCACUGCCGUCGCCGUCCUCGGAUCUUAAGGUCCCUAAUGUUCGAAAAGAGUAGGAGACGUAGACCCCGGUGGUGUGGCCAACCUUUACGGGUUGUGGGAUUGGGUAAGGAUGGUACCUUGCAUGGGACCCGAGUCCCGUUCGUGCACAUUCCCUUUGGGCAGGCCUCUGUCCAGAAAAGCUGGUAAAACUAAGGCUAAAACUAAGGGAUAAUUAAGUAUUUUUUAUUUAUUUAUUUUUAUUAUUUUGUGGUAAUCAACCUCAGUGCACCAUGCUAAGAAUGUUUUUAAAAAUCUCUUUUCCAGGAAAGCUCAUUAGAAAUGACAAAGGCGUUGGAUGUAAAAGGAGAGAAGACAAGUUAUACCGUUUCAAGUCUUCUUCCUUACACCAAAUACAAAUUCAGCAUUUCCGCUAAAAAUGACGUAGGCUCUAGUGCAAGAAGUCCAGUUGUAAUUUGUCAAACCAGUGAAAGUGGUAAGUCCUCCCUUAGCAGUGAAAUGAAAAUAAUUUAAACGAUUAUUGAAUUCGGCUUUCGCGUAUAAUGUGAAGAAUUACGCAGACGAGGACGGCCGAGGUGGACUGGUAACAGCCUCUGAGAGCAUACGAAAAUCAAUUCAAUAAUUGCUUUAUUAUUCGUUCAAAAUUUUUCUAAGUUCUUAACAACCUUUCCUCCUCGUCAGUCGUUAUUCAAAACUUUGGCCUAUUUCUCGGCACGGUUUCAGGAUAUGAACAGAUUUUUCUUGUAGAAAUUCCUCAAAAAUUCGAAAACAUCAAUCGAGCAAUAUGUUUUGCGUUUAUUUUCCUUCCGUUAUUGCUUUCAGUUUUAGUCAGAAAUUUGGCUAUUUCUUCUUCGGAUCCUCCAUUUUUUGUUCAUUUUAUUCUAAGAAGCCUCGUGUCUAAUCAAAUAUACCAUCGGUCAGCCUCGUUUGCAAUCAAAUAUACCAUCGGUCUGUGUCGUUUCCAAUCAAAUAUACCAUCGGUCAGCGUCGUUUCCAAUCAAAUAUACCAUCGAAUCGAUGGUUUUUUGCUAGGGCUUUCCACAAGUUGCUCGGCAACUUCUUGCCAACUUCUCGUAUUUCGAGCAACUUUUUGUAAUUCUUCUAAUUCGGAGAUAUCGGAGCAGCUUUUAGUGCGUAAAUUGGCGGCCUUUCUUCCAUAUUUCACAAUGUUUUAGUAGACAAUUUAUGAAUUUCCUUUUAAAAAGGAGCCAAAUCCUCGCUCCCUUUGGCAGAUCAUGGUCGCAAGAUGAAAUCAGCCGGGCUGCUCGGGCAGCGGUUUGUAGAGAAAAUUCAAAAUGAUGGCCGAAGAUUCACACUCGACUAACUAGAGUGUCUCGGGUGGAGAAGGAUAUUCAACAAUUUUAUUGGUUUAUUACCUUUUUUGGUUUUAUUGAGGAUAAAGUUAUUUGGCAACGCCGUAAAAUUGCACAAAAAUGCUUAGAAAUCUUACUUUUGUUGUACAAUUUGAAUACUUUAGCAUCAGACCAAAAAACGUUUUUGUUUCUGCUAACAUUUUUUGAUCAACUGUCGAUACAAAAAGCAACUUUUGAUUGCUUUUUGAGCAACGUUUUGAGAAAUUACGAGCAACCUUAAGUUUUUGGAAAAUCUGGAACAACUUGUGGAAAUCGAUGGUACGUUGCUCGCGUCUUCCAAAUAUGGUAAGCGCUAGUUGGUUAUGAAGUCUGUAAAGCCCGGUCUCCAUAGGAUCGCUGCAAUGGCUGAAAAAAAGUUCAGCGAUCGCAGCGACAACGUUUCUAUCUCCGCGAUCGUUGUCGCUACGAUCGCUGAGGUCUUUUGCAGCAAUCAUAUGGAAACCAGGCUUAAGAGAGGUUGUACGCGUGUCCAUUUGAGUUACAGUUUUAGCUUUGGUGCAGCAUGGUUUACUGCCCAGACAGCUGUCAUAGUGCUCCUUCGAUUUUUGAAUAAAAGUUGUCGUGACGCUCAAAUCUGGUAGAAUGAACCUUGAGACCAAACUUUCCUUUAAAACGUGAUGUCUAAAUUUUAUUCCUAUUUAUACGUGAAAUGUUCCUGUUUUAGUUCCUGGUGUCGUGAAAUAUGUAACAGCAGAAACCAUCGACCCCCCGUCAGCAACUAUUCUGAUCACGUGGUCUACACCAGACCCACCCAAUGGAGAAAUCAACGAAUACAAGGUAUCUUGUUGAAGAUGUACUCAUUGUCAAUCGACAAGGUAGCUUUUAUAAAUGGGAUGGGAUUGAAUGGAAUGGAAUGGAAUCUGACAGAUUAGUAUUCAGAUGUCCUCUUUUAGAUUUUGGGCGUCGUCCACAAUAAUCGGGACAGUGUUGAAACCACAUAUUUUGUUACCUGGAUUCGUCUGGACAGGGCCUAUUAGGGACCUUAAGAUCCCGGAGGGCGGGGACGGGAGCGAAAGCGUGGCUUAAAAAGUAAAUUCGCAUUCAUUUGAUCUUCUUUAAGAUUAUUCGAACUCACUUGCGUUGUCAAAUGUAGGAGAAUUCUAAGUUCGUCCUAGUCGUGCAGUGACGGAAAAGGGGACGAAAAAGUGUGCUGCAGAGUUUUUGUUUUGAUUUACUUAUUACACGCAUUUCUUUUUUUCACUUUCUCUUUGCCGUCGCCGUUGCCGUCGUCGGAUCUUAAGGCCCCUAUUAACAACAACCGGACGUCAACAUGAUAACCUGAGAAAACCGCCUGAGGAAUAAGCGCAGAAAUUCCACACUGAUGACGUGUCUCUACUCUUAUCUGGGUUUGUCGUGCUAAGAGGGAAACUUGCUUCAACCAAUCAGAAGCACCACCCAGAUCUGGGUAGUGACUCGUCAUCAGUAUGGAAUUUUUGCGUUCAUUCCUCAGACGUCAUUUCAUCUCGUCGCGAAUUCUCGGUUGUUUUCUCAGGUUAGGUCCAUAAGUGAGCUUACUGUGACCCACCCCACCCUUAAUAUGCGCGGUGUGAAAUAAAAACAGCGGUAGAGGCAAACCAACCUACCCCUCCCUUUCUUCUCAUCUAGGGCAAAAUGUUGGUUCAGGGGAGGGGUAGGUGGUCAGUUUCCCCUAAACCCUAAAUUGAUCCGAAAAAAGUGCAUCACCUCAAAACACAUCCCAUAUUUUCUGAAGCUUCCCAAAAGAAAUGGCGCAAAACAUUUGAUUUUCCACCCGGGAUUUCCGAUUUUCCUUUGUAAAUGGUAAGUACCCCCAUGGUUUCUAUUUUUUUGCUUUGUUACAGAUCACAUGGGGCCAGGUUCGUCACUCUCAGACAGAGGAGAUCACCGUAGUUGGCUCAACUCAUAAUUACCUUUUUAAGAACCUGUUUAGCAAUACAGCGUACACCUUUAUUGUGAAAGCUAAAAACGGUGCUGGAGAAGCUAUGCAGUAUCAGAAACCUAGAGUCCAAAGGACAGACCCUGGUUAGUGAGACCUGACAAUUUUAAAUUCCUUUGUAAAAGCACUACGUCCAUCAGUGACACCAUAAUCGCGAGUCGUGAUUGAUCAUAUCGCCUUAAUCAUGGUUGUCAUCACCAUCUCGCGUUCACUGUAGUUUUAUCACCAGCAGCACACAAUACCAUUCCUGUUUUCGUCAUCACCAUCAUUGGUAUCACCAUCGCCAUCAUUGAUAUCACCUUUACCAUCACCAUCGUUGAUUUCAUCAUCACCGCCAUUGAAACCAUCGUUACCAUCAUUGAUGUUACAAUCAUUGAUAUCACCAUCACUAUCAUUGAUAGAGGCCUUUCUGUCUUCAUCAUCACUUUCAUUGACUGUCACCAUUACCAUCAUUGAUUUCAUCAUCACUAUCAUUGAUAUCACCAUCACUAGCACCACCAUUGCCAUUACCAUCACCAUCAUUAGUAGAGGCCUUUAGAAUCGAGGACGCAAGGACGACUACAAGAACGAAGUUUGAGUUUUUAUCGCGUAUUCCCAAAAAAUAGGUACACCUUUUCAUCAGAAAAGUUAACACUGUUAUUUUAAUUGAAGCAGGCUAAGCCCACUCCCGAUCCAAAAAUGAGCAAAUUUCUAACAUUUGGUAACUUGUUUCUGUCACUAUGACAUUCUCGCUAAAACCAGUAGAGAAUGACGACGGCUAUCACGUAUUCCCGCCAAAAAUGACGCUGGUUAAAGCGCGCGCGCACUGCUACGUUUUGAGAAAAUCUCGGUCUCGUAGUCGUCCUCAUCCUACAAUGGAGGACAAACGAACUUGGGACUGUUUGAAAAAGCCCUUCGAAGCAAUAGUUCCGUAGGAUUCUGCUCCUAAGGACAAUUUUUUGUUCGGCUUUGGGUUCAUCCCAUCGUCGUCCCCCACCUCCUCUAGCAAUGUUGUGGCCAAAAAAGCACUCAGUGUCCCCCAUUUUGCUCCAAAUUCAACUUUGUUUGGGGUGGGAGGGGAGGAGUCGCUAGUUUUAGUAAUAUCACUGGAAAGGUCCCAACACUUUUGACCUCCACUGUAGAAUCUAAAGCUCGCUAAUAUCUCUGCCACCAUCAUUGAUAUCACUCCUACCAUCAUUGCUAUCACUCCUACCAUUAUUAAUAUCACUCCUACCAUUAUUGAUAUCACUCCUACCAUUAUUGAUAUCACUAUCAUAGAUCACCAUUAUUAAUAUCUCUGUCACAUCAUCACCAUCAUAGAUUUAUCACAGCGUUAAAUGUCAUCAUUAUAGGGUUAUUUUUUGAAGCCCUGCUUCCUCCUGUGGUGUCCAGAGACUUGAUUGGGUAGAGGGGUAGGGUGGAGAAGUGUGGAUUCGUUUUGGAAGCAAACAUGUUUUUAAGGUCAAAUCCCCGAAUAAUUACCUUUUAAGUUUAAAAUAUUUUAAAACAUUUCAUAAAAAUGAUGUAGCUCCAGAGGGGUUUUCACAUUAUUUGACUGUGAAUGUUUUUCCACAGCCUCAAAAGGCACAGAGCGGCUUCAGCUGAAAUAUAACGGAGCCAACAUGGAUUCUAGAGACGUUAAAAGUUUUAUACCGGAAUUCAUCAAGGCUGCAAGUGAAACAGCGCGCAUAUCAGAGUGAGUGUAGCCUCUUACAGUUCUACAGUAAAUUAUCCUAUAAGUACCUGUCCCCGACAAGGAGAUUAGAGUGCGUUUCUUAGCGCCGCUGGUAAGAAGGUUUCGCGUCAGUUAUACAAGAAGGAAAGUCAUCAUCGUGACCACCAUCGUCAUCACCGUUCUGGAGAGCUUAAGCAACAACAACGGUGUCAGCGGUAGCGAAAACGAUUUUUCUCCGUUUCAAACUUUGUCACGAUUAUUCCAGUUCUCGCAAUUUGUCAAAUGUUGGCGGAUUUUUCUGUAAUUGAAUUCCGAAGGGCUGUUCAGAAAAAGAAAGAAAGAAAGAAAUCUUUCUCUUGAGUGUGCGUUCUCCAUAAAACGUGAAGGAAAUGUAACAAAAAGCGUCAUGCACGUGCAAAGUUUAUUUUUCUCGCCAAUUUUAAGGAGCAGUGUCAUGAAAAUUAUCAAAAUUCAAACAGUACGAACUGCCACCAAACUGAGUAAAACAUGAAAUAACUGAUUCUAUUAACUAUAUGAAUAACACAGCAUGGACAGUACUUGAAGAAGAUUGAUACGGAUUCCAGUUAUGGAUUUUUAAAACUUGUUAGCCUAACAAGUUUUCAAAGUUUGAUCGACAAUGUUUGGGAGACAUUUGUUUGACACAAACCUCAGAUAUUGUCAUUCACAAGUAGUCUCAAAUAAAACUCGUAAUUGGCAAUAUUUAACAAAAUGAACUAAACCUGUUGCCUUUCUCGUUGUUAUAGUCGUUGCUUACGCUAUCAUUAAGGUGAUGUUACACGAAACGAUUCGCAACGAAAAUUUUUAGCGCAACAGAGCUUUGCAAUAUUGUUCCGACAUUGUUUCCAAUGAUUACAACACUGUUCCAACAUUGCAAAGCUGCGUUGCGCUUAAAGUCGUUGUUGCGAAUCGUCCCGUGUAACAUCACUUUUAGGGAGCUGAGGAAACGACGACGGCGAGGGUGACGGCAACUAGAACGGAAAAAAAGCAAUAGGCUUAAGGUAAUGUUAGACGGGACGAUUCGCAACGACGAUUUUUAGCACAACACUGCGCUACAAUGUUGUAACCAUUCGAAACAAUGUUGUAACGCUGUGUUGCGCUAAAAAUCGUCGUUGCGAAUUGUUUCGUGUAACAUCACCUUUAAGGUGAUGUUACACGGGACGAUUCGCAACGAUGAUUUAUAGCGCAACGCAGGGUUCCAAUGUUGGAACAAUGUUGCAGCCAUUCGAAACAAUGUCGCAACAAUGUUGCAACGCGGUGUUGCGCUAAAAAUCGUCGUUGCGAAUCGUCUUGUGUAAUAUCACCUUGAGAUUGGCAAAACAACAACUUUUCACGUGCAUCACGCUUUGUUAUACAUUUCCCAGUAAUUCACUGCACGACCACGACGUCAAAGUGCCUAAUUUCACGUUUUGUUGAGGACGGUGAACACAAGACAACGACUUUCUUUUUCUUUUCCUGAACUUCGAUACAAGUCUUUUAGAAUUCAACUCCAGAACAAAUUGCCAACUUUUGACGAAUUGCACGAGAUGGAAUAAGCGCAGUAAAGUUUGAAGCAGCGCGAAUUCACUUUUCAAGUGACGUUUUCGUAGCCGUCGCCGUCGAUGUUGCUUAAAGGUGAUGUUACACGGGACGAUUGGCAACGACGAUUUUCAACGCAGCACAGCAUUGCAAUGUUGGAACAAUGUUGUAACUAUUCGAAACAAUAUCGGGACAAUGUUGCAACCCUGUGUUGCGCUAAAAAUCGUCGUUGCGAAUCGUCCCGUGCAACAUCACCUAGCUCCUCAUUAUCAUCCUCAGGACAGAAGGGGUUUUUGGUAAUUUUUGUCAAGUAGGAAGUAACGUGUGCGUGAUAUAGCCAGUGAUACUUAUAUAGCAGUAGCAUUAAUAAGUGAAUACUCCCUAGAACUUCAUAGCAUCAAUAUAAGACUGUGACCUGACUCAACUACCAUGUUAACUUUCAAAAUGAAUCCCAGGACUCCGUGAUAGAGUACAGGCAACAGUUGCAAAGAUAAAUGGAAAAUAUACAAAAAUGACUCGUAUUUUGAACUGCGGAUGAAGAUAUGAAAGUGGAAAUGAUCCUGUCAGUUAAAUAAACAACCUAAACGGUUGAUUAAGAACCUGAAAAAAAUUCAGGCUUGACCGGGAAUCGAACGGCCUGACCUUAGCGAUGACCGGACGCAACUAUCUAUGCUUCAAGCUAAUCAAGCCAACUGGAGAGCAAGCCAUUGCUCGUAAUAUACCCGAUGGUGGAAAUGACAUAAAUGGAAACUAUAUGAAAAUGACUUAUAUUUUGAACUGCGGGUGAAGAUAUGAAAGUGGAAAUGAUCCUCGAAGUUAAAUAAUAAUCAAAGCGGUUGAAACAUAGUUGCUAAUUGUAAACAUGCCUAUGUAUGAUAACUUCUGUUCCUGCUUCUUUUCAGUCGUCGUUUAGCCGCCGUUGUUGUCAAAGGUUACAAUGUUGAGUUCGAUCUUAUCCCCCCGCUUAAUGCCACAGGUAAUGUUCUGGUUUCGAAUUACGUUUUAUCCGUUUCUUCGCCUUGAGACUUGCUAAAUAAUCUCCUGUCAUUUUUUUUAAGCAGUCAGAAGUAAAAUCAAAUCCAAGUUUGAUAUUCGCUCACAAGCCUUUUCUUCCGCAUAGCGGCCGCUUUGUGUGUUUUAUUCACUUCUGAUUGGUUCAUUUAGGCUUGCCUGUGCCUUGUGAAUGGUUGCAUGAAUAGUGGCGAUUCAACAUGGUUACGACAGACGUUUUGAAAUUAUCAAGUUGGCACAUUUUACAUUUUCAAAUUCUCAAGACAUUAGAGUCAAAAAGAAUACCUAUGCGCAAAGUGCAGAUGCGAUGAAUUUUCUUCACAAACGAGAUUUGGCUGUGAAAUUUUGCUCGUCUUACGUAAAUAUGCAUUAGGGCCAUUUGGUCGAGGAAACAUUUUCGUGAUGUUGAGAGAGUGAUGAGAUAAAAAUUAUUUUUGCCGUCUUGGUAGGAAGAUUUUACAUCAGCGGUCAGUUUAAUAAAACUUUUACGAGGGUAAUUUACAAGUGUAGUCAUUGUUUUUGAGUACGAAAAAAUAGCCACACUUGUAAAUUACUUGUAGAAUUUUUCCUUGAACUGGCCGCGGACGCCCUAUUAAAGGUAUCCACUACAUACAGGGAAGCAACAGAAGCAGCACGAAUCGCAGCAAAAAUCGCCUGUGUAAACAGGCCUUAAGCGAAAGCCUGCCUAGUCCCGUUGAAAAUUUGAAGAGCUUACGGCAAUCAUGCAAGAGCUACUUAGAUGGUCGCGUUUACAACAUUGCAAUAGUUUACUCCGAUUUAAAUGACCCCGCUAUCAAGAAAGGGAACCCGUGAAAUAUCUCUAAAAGUAACAGACUCUAGAGUUGAUCCUGAAAUUAUGUCUGGUACGUUCUGCAGGUGUUGGAAUGGAGGAGGCGAAAUCAGCUCUCAAUGAGGGCUUCAAAGUAUCGGAUUGGAUGCUAACCCGUGGCAGUUUACAGUAUGUUACACUUAAUUUCUAUUUGAGGUCAUCCCUUUUUGACAAAUCUUUGUGCAGCCAAACGUUAAAUUAAAACAGUAAUCUACUGUCCUUUUGCACCGUUGCCGCUAUUUAAAAGCGUUUGUAAAUUCUCCUCACGCAGAGCUCUCUUGAGAGAGGCUUUGCUUGGUCUUACUUUAUUCACGAUUUCCGCCAUCUUUGAAGGCGCUUAAGGACUGAUAAGGUAAAAGCAAUUUCGCUUGGUUUCUCAGGGGAAAAGAAGUCAAAAAAUCUGUCAAUACAUGAAAUCACGGUCGAGUCAUUCAAGUCGUUUAUUCUGGAAAACAGAAAAUGUAGAACUUAUUAUCUUACAGCAAGCAAUAAUGAUGUAGAACUUGACAAAACUCGAACUCUACAUUUCGCAAGUCUAUAAUCGUCUUCUCGUUUAGAGAAAAUAAACAAAUUCGACCGCGAUUUCUCGUAUUUGCAAAUUUUAUCACUUGUUUGCCCCAGAAAUACCACCUGACAUUGCUUUUAUCCCAGCUAUCCUAAAGCGCGGAUAAAGAUGUCGGGUUUCGUGAAUAAGGUCUAUACUUAUAUUAGCAUUUCACAAACACUUUUCAGAGUUCCUUUGUUCGUGUAUUUUCAAUGUUGUGACAAAAUAGUUUUUUCAAGAGAGCACCAGAACUUGCCGAUGUACCUGUAUUAAGAUGUAUUGAGUUUUGGUUCUUAUGUUUCUAACUGCUGUCAACCGUUUAGGCGGCUGUUUGCAUAUGAUGGAACAAACAAUAAUGUUCCCACCCAAACCACGGAAUACAAGCCAGGAAAUAAACCAUCCGUUGGAGCUCGGAAGGGUGGAUCAAGUGACAGAAGCUCCAAGAAGACGUAUUUAGCAAUUGCAGUACCUCUUGCUUUAUUAGGUAAGAUGUUCCUUUCAGAAGUAAGGUUUGGAUAGCCUCAAAUGGCCUCAGUUUGUUUUAAGAAAGAUAGCCUGCGUAAACAAACGUUUCUCCUCGCUCAUCGCCGCUGGGGGACGUUUCGCGAGGAGGAACGUCUGCGAUUUCAUACUGAUGACGUAAAAUCUGUCUGGAAUCUGGUCAUAGGCGCUGAUUGGACGUCGGAAUAGUUAUAUUGUCCUAGCUAUUGUUUACGAAUGACAGACAUAAGGAAAAAGGCUGCAAAGGUCAGAUAUAAACGCAAUGAAUCUGUAACAAAACAGUCAAAAUUUGUGGUAUAGAUACUUCUGUAGAAGAAUGAUUUGAAUUUUGCUGGAGCUCGUUCGCAAAUGAAUACAACACUUUACCAAAAUCGACCAGGAGAAACGUAAAAUUGAACAUAUUUGCAUUUGGAGCCCCAUGACUACCGAAUAUCGAUUUACGUCAUCAGUAUGGAAUUUCUGUUACUGAGUGGCAGACGUUCCUCGUCGCGAAACGCCCCAAGCGGCAAGGAGCGAGGAGAAGGGGCUGUUUUCGUAGGCUACAAGAAAGAGUGCUUAAGAAAAAGCUGCUGUCAGUUCGAACUUUUGAUUUCUGCUAAUUAAUAUGCCAUUUCCAAAUUCCCCCGGGCCUCAGCAUCAAAACAAGGUUAAGUGCUCAGCCUUUGAUAUGGAAAUGAUUUUUCAUUCUCAUUCAAAACGGCGAAUUAAUUAACGGAGCACAAAAAAUCGGCAAGGCGAGCGAGCCACGUCACUUUCCUUCCUUAAUCCGCAUCUCGGGUCGUCUCUUUUUCGCACUCGCCCCAUUUUCGCCCUUUUUCCCCGAUAAGGAGCCUGGGGCUUGUUUCUGGAAAGUCCCAGUAAUUGUCGGGCCCGCCUGAAAGCAGUUGUAUUUUGCCGGGUCUACAUUCAAAAUCGAUGUUUUUAUAGUUUUGAUAGUAAUACCAAGAGAACGGAAGAAAAGGACGGAAAACCUGGAUUCACAGAUCGCCUGUUAGGAAAGCCGUUUACUAUUAUUCUCCGACGAAAAAUCGAAAUGUACUAGUUUAUUCGCUAGAAGAAAAACGCAAGAUCUAUCUUUGUGACUUUUGUGAUUUUUCUUUCAGGACUCGUCUUGCUUGGCGGCUUGAUAUUCUUCUACAUGAAGUACAAGUCCCUUCAGAAGCACUACAGUCAAAUGGGCGAUCAAUACCACGAGGAUGACGAAAUGAAAGUUGUUUAUCAUGGCGAGAUGGAAGCAGGUAAUACUACAGAAAAUUUGUUUGUAAGUGUCUGGGGCUACGUUACCCUGGGUUCCAAAAAUUUUAAAUCCGUGGCUUUUCUUCUUCGCCGCUCCUGGGUUCGGCCUUCGCGGGCUGAAGAUGUGCCUGCCUGCGGUCUGCACGGGAGUAACAAUUCGCAGGCGAGAAGAAAUCCUCUGGGACACAGGAUAGGGCUAGGUUUCCUCCCGGUAUGCCGAAUGGAUUUUUUUGCCGCGCAAUCUGAUAAAGUGUGAACGGCCACGCCACGAUGAGGUGUGAAACGGCUUAUAAUUAUUCACAUGGCUUUGUUUCGGGAUUGGUUUUGUUCCCUCUCAUGUAACAUGCUUGCCUGCGCGACAAUCCCGAAUCCCGAGGGACUGUUAGCAGUCUACUGUAUGAUCCAAUUGCUUGUUACGUUAUAUCUUUCACGAACGCCAUGCCGCCUAACGGGGGAAAUAGAACAAGAAAUCUGUAGCCUACGUGUAGCCGCACCCUCCCCUGAAGAAGGAAAAACGCCCUUUUUUUCCCUCUUCGGGGGGUGGGUGUGGCUACACAUAGGUUAGGAAUCCUGGCGACCAGCGUUUCACGUGUGAACAAAAGGCCUUUCCGGUAUUGUUUUCGAGUGGGAACGAAAGAAGUCUGUGUACAACCGCCUCUUCAUCUCAAAAAGAAUAAAAAAAAGACGAAAACGAGAUAAGGGGCGGAUAUACACAGUCUAGAAGGAAAGUCAUUAGUCAAUAAUGUAAGGUCAGGUAAGGUAAGGUAACUUUGUUUAAACACGGUAUUUCCUGCAGGUACAUUACAUUCAAGGAGAGAAAAGCGAACUUCCUAACUAAUGUAAAAUCUAAGAUAAAAACUAAAAUAAUAAAGAUGAAAAGAAAACACCUGCUUUUCAAGGAGGCCGUGUGUAAAAACAGAAUAUCGCUAAUUAAAUUAUUUGUCAAUCGAAAUUUAUGUCUCUUAAUUUUCCGUAAAGAUACUAGGGGAUGUCAAUUGCCGCACCUCCAGAGGCAAGCUGUUCCAUAACACACUUCCGCUGUAAGAAAGACUUUUUUAUAAAAUUCAGUACGGGGUUGUGGAACAGCGAGCUUGGAUUCAUUCUCUCUAAGGUUAUAACUAGUUAAACCGCAGCGACGAACAAAACGCGAAGUCAGAUAUUCUGGAGCUGUGUUAUUUACAAUGCUAUGCAACAUUAUUGCUUAACUAACUGCGCGCUGAAGGAUAAGUUUCGACUACUUUAAAUUUUGAAAUAAUUCACUAGUACCGCAGUCAUAAUUAGAGAAAGUCAGAACGCGGGCGGCGCGAUUCUGCAAUUUCUGCAAUUUAGAAGAUAGGUUCUUAGAACAGUUUCCCCAUACUACAUUACAGUAAUCAAAGUGUGGCUGUACCAGUGAAUUGUAUACGUUAAGUAGAACAUAGGUAAAAGAAACUCUACACUUCCACACGACUCAGGAAGGGUGUUAACAAAAUGACAGUGAUACUAUUACUUAGAAGUUUAUUUAUGAUGGUGAUGAUGACCUUUCCGUGUCGUAUGUUUUUUUUCUAUAGAUUCUCCCGACGUCAUUUUUAGCGACCGCUCAAGGAAAGGAAAGAAAAUUUACAAAGAUUCCGAGAAAAUUCCUCUUGGUGAUCAAGACGAACUGUCCAUGAUCUAA